GAUCCAUCCCCCUCGCCCAGAGCUGCCCCAGGAGCACGGCAGCAGGUGAUGGCCAUCAUGAGACCGGGCCCUGAAAAUGCCUCCUCAGAGCCCCAGCUGGACCUGGGGAAGAAGAUGAGCACAACACAGGACCUGAUGAUCGAGGAGCUCUCCCUGCCCAACAACCGCGGCUCCCGGCUCUUCCAGCAGCGCCAGAAGCGCGUGCAGCGCUUUGUCUUUGAGCACCCCAGCGGCUCCAGGCAGCUCCCAGGGCAAGGGGUAGGUGGCUCCCACCACACUGGGAAAGGUGGUCCAGAAGGAACAGUGAAUGAGCACAUGGCAGGUGAGAAUGCUGGGGGCCAGAAUUAUCACUCCGAGCUCCACGUAGCAGCAUCACCCCAAGGUGGCCCCCCAGAAGUACCCAAGAAGUCAGAGAAGGUCCUGCACAUGAGCAAAGUGCUGAACCCCAGUGCCCUGGCCCCAGGGUACUCCAGCCCCCUCAAAGAGAUCCCCCAUGAGAAGUUCAAUGCCACUGCCAUCCCCAAGGGCUACCGCUCCCCGUGGCAGGAGCUGUUUGGUGACAGGGACAAUGCUGUGUACAGCAAGAACCCGCCGCCCAUGAGACCCCCUGCGUGGGACUUCAGGAGCUUCAACAGGACCCCAGCCCCGUUUGACAGGGCGUUGGUUGGUGAGCUGUUCUCCCUGCCCACUGUGGAGCUGGAUAACCUGAGUGUGCUGGAGGUGAUUUCCCACAGGCCCAACUUCAACAGGGUGGCCCAAGGCUGGGUGCGGAUCCUGCCGGAGAGCGAAGAGCUGUAG